ACUAACCAGCCGGGCCACGUCCCUCCGCCUUCUCUCUCCCCGUUUCUGCAGGGAGCCAGCCCCACUCUCCCACCGCACCACGCCAGCCAUGAGAAAUUUCGCCGCCCUAGCAAGCAGCUCAGCGUCGUCGCCCCGUGUCAACCAUGGCAUGAUCCACCUCCCCCAUCCCGCGCGCGCGUGCUUCCCCAUAUAUACAUGCGAGAGCGCACGCGAUCACACCUCUCCUCCUCACCAUCCCACAGAUCACACCUUCCGCGAUCAGCUCCGAUCCCUGCAACCGGCCGCAAGCAACCUAGCAGCUUAAUUAGCUUCUCCGGCCACGCGCACGCUUCCAUAUAACCCAGUCGAUCUCACGGGCGCACGGCUUGGGAUCUCGCCGGCGGCUUAGUCCUUGGGGCUCUCCUCCGUAAACUCACCCGCCGAGACUGGCCGGCCGGGUAAAGUAUAAGGCGGUGCCAUACAUAUACGCCGGAGACUGUCAUGGCCGACGGGUUGCCUCCGGGGUACCGCUUCUACCCCACGGAGGAGGAGCUGAUAUGCUUCUACCUGCGCAACAAGCUCGACGGCAGCCGCGGCGACAUCGAGCGCGUCAUCCCCGUCGUCGACGUCUACUCCGUCGACCCGUUGCAGCUCUCAGGUAGGACCAUCGAUCAUCGACGUAACCAUAUGGAUUGCAGCGCGUGCACGUACAGUGCGCUAGCUGUGUCUCAUGCUGCUGCCUCUUACCUGCGCACAUACGCAGAGAUCCACGAAAGGCUGCGCGGCGGCGGUGGCGGCGACGGGGAGCCGUGGUUCUACUUCUGCGCGCGGCAGGAGCGGGAGGCGCGGGGCGGGCGGCCGAGCCGGACCACGCCGUCGGGGUACUGGAAGGCGGCGGGCACGCCCGGGGUCGUCUACUCCGCCGACCGCCGGCCCAUCGGGCUGAGGAAGACCAUGGUGUUCUACCGCGGCCGCGCGCCGUCCGGGAACAAGACCAAGUGGAAAAUGAACGAGUACAGAGCAUUCCAGCACGAGCACGACGACGACGGCGCCGGCGCACCCGCGGCACCUGCCGCGCCACCGAACCGCCCUCCGCAGCUGAGAAGCGAGUUCAGCUUGUGUCGACUGUACACCAAAUCGGGGACCCUGCGCCAGUUCGAUCGGCGGCCGGUUGCUGCUACUGCAGGCGGUGCCGCCGGGGACAUUCCAGUGCCAUUCACGGCAGCCACCGCGUCGCCCGACGACCGUGACGGCUCCGGUGGAUCCAUGCAGACGCUUGAGGAGGAUCUGAUGGAGGGAGAUGGCGGUGAUCCAUACGGAGACGAUAUUGCCACAUUGGCUGCUCUUCUCUACUGGCCUACGGACUAGAUUAUGCAUUCGUUGCGCAGAUCAGAUCUUGAGUAGUUUCAUCUCCAUUGGGUAUUAUUUAAAGGAGAAGACAGAUAUUCUAUCUAAAUCUGUAAAACAUUAAAUUCUGGACAAAAAAAGGUCUAUGAAUUUGAACACUAGCUAAUUCAAUUCGUACCCUGAAUUUGUAACAAUAAAAAAAGGGUAUUUUCUUAGUCGAUUUUGACA